UUUAGUUUUUCGUCAUUUCAGAGAGCAAUAAACAUAAUUUCAAAUGCCAGGUUACCAGAUUUUGUAUGCCUGCCGUUACUGUACCAAUGUCAUCAGCACCAAGUCCUUCAAGGUAAAUGAGACAUUCUACGAUCUGCUGUUGACCAAGACCUUUAACCUCAUUCAAGAGGAUAAGAUCAUGAUGACGGAUGGUGAUAAGUUCCAGAACCUGUUCUGCUCCAAGUGCGGAAUGGAAUUGGGAAUGUUUUGUCUGGAGAGUCAGAGCAAUGCCCAAAUGACAGGACUUUCGCUGAUCCAAAAGGCUCAUCUGGUGGUCUACGAUUCGUACGAGUUGCCCUUCGAAAUGCCUUCGUCUCAUGACUGAUGAAGCAUAAAAGAAUAAAGCUAACCAGAAACAAUUAACAAUUUGUGUGACACUCUGGCCAUGUCUGCCGUUGACGGAAAGUCCUUUGAACUCCAAUGAAGCUCGAACUUGUAGCAUAUUUGACUUCUACACGAGCUUGUCACUUGGGAAUGUUUUGGCAAGCGUUAAAAUCAUUUGCUCGACUUGCGACUGCCGGAGCAUUAAUCAAAUUCAAUCCCAAGGAUUCCUUGGCCCGAAAUCGAGCCAGACGACGACAUGCGUCAGUUGGGAAGCUCUUACAUCCUCAACAGUCGCCAAGAAAAGUCUGUGCCAGGCACGUGAACCAAAAAAAAAGGAAAAUCAAAAAUAAUUUUCACUCUACGCUGUGACAGUUGGGCGCCAGUUGCAAAAAAAAAAAAAAG